GCAGGGAGGAAGAGCAGGCACAGGGCGCAGCUCCCCCCAGGAGCCAGGUGUUUGGGUCCCAGGAGACGCUGCAGGCCCCCCGGAGAAGCAGUGAAGCUGCAGACCCUACAGACCCGUCUCCGGUCCCUCGGAAACCCUGAAUCCUACCUCCCCCAUCCACCUUCAGCCCCCCCCCAAGAUGGAUUGAAUGAGGCUGCUGGCCAGAUGGACAAGCUGGAUGCUAAGGUGAUGCCCUUUCUCUGAGGAAAACCUGUGACUUCAAAAAGGGGCUGCCCCUUCAUCUCGCCAGGCAGCAAUGAACACCUCAGCGCCCCCUGCUGUCAGCCCCAACAUCACCGUCUUAGCACCAGGAAAGGGCCCCUGGCAAGUGGCCUUCAUUGGGAUCACCACAGGCCUCCUGUCUCUGGCUACAGUGACAGGCAACCUGCUGGUACUCAUCUCCUUCAAGGUCAACACAGAGCUCAAGACAGUCAACAACUACUUCCUGCUGAGCCUCGCCUGUGCUGACCUCAUCAUUGGCACCUUCUCCAUGAACCUCUAUACCACAUACCUGCUCAUGGGUCACUGGGCUCUGGGCACUCUGGCCUGUGACCUCUGGCUGGCCCUGGACUAUGUGGCCAGCAAUGCCUCCGUCAUGAAUCUUCUGCUCAUCAGCUUUGACCGUUACUUCUCAGUGACCCGACCCCUGAGCUACCGAGCCAAGCGCACUCCCCGCAGGGCAGCGCUAAUGAUUGGCCUGGCGUGGUUGGUUUCCUUCGUCCUCUGGGCCCCAGCCAUCCUCUUCUGGCAAUACCUAGUUGGAGAACGGACAGUCAUGGCUGGGCAGUGCUACAUCCAGUUCCUCUCCCAACCCAUAAUCACUUUUGGCACAGCCAUGGCUGCCUUCUACCUCCCUGUCACAGUCAUGUGUACGCUGUACUGGCGCAUCUACCGGGAGACGGAAAACCGAGCCCGGGAGCUGGCAGCUCUACAGGGCUCUGAGACACCAGGCAAAGGCGGUGGCAGCAGCAGCAGCUCAGAGAGGUCCCAGCCGGGGGCUGAGGGCUCACCGGAGUCACCUCCAGGCCGCUGCUGUCGCUGUUGUCGGACACCCAGGCUUCUGCAGGCCUACAGCUGGAAGGAAGAAGAGGAGGACGACGAAGGCUCCAUGGAAUCCCUCACAUCCUCUGAGGGCGAGGAGCCCGGCUCAGAAGUGGUGAUCAAGAUGCCCAUGGUGGAUCCUGAGGCACAGGCGCCCACCAAGCAGCCCCCCAAAAGCUCCCCAAAUACAGUCAAGAGGCCCACCAAGAAAGGCCGAGACCGAGGCGGCAAGGGCCAAAAACCCCGAGGGAAGGAACAACUGGCCAAGCGAAAGACCUUCUCACUGGUCAAGGAGAAGAAGGCAGCUCGGACCCUGAGUGCCAUCCUGCUGGCCUUCAUCCUCACCUGGACACCAUAUAACAUCAUGGUGCUGGUGUCUACCUUCUGCAAGGACUGUGUUCCCGAGACCCUAUGGGAGCUGGGCUAUUGGCUGUGCUAUGUCAACAGCACUGUCAACCCCAUGUGCUACGCACUCUGCAACAAAGCCUUCCGGGACACUUUCCGCCUGCUGUUGCUCUGCCGCUGGGACAAGCGGCGCUGGCGCAAGAUCCCCAAGCGCCCUGGCUCUGUGCACCGCACCCCCUCCCGCCAAUGCUAAUGGUCCCCCUCUCCUGCAUCCUUCGACCCCAGCUCCAGGGAGAGGCUGGUGGAAAGUGUCCGUGGGCUGCAUCUUCAGCCCCAGGGCCCUGCUCAGACCUCCCCUGGCUUCCCAGACCCCUGGGGUCACCUUCCUGGACAGCCCAGAGAGACUCUGCCAGCUUUCCAAACUUUGCUAUUCCCAGACAGGGAGUGAAACCCGGGGAACUGGUUUUUUCUAAUCCCUGCUGUGUGGGAAUGGGCUAUUCACCAGGAAGAAGGCCCAGGAGGAGGAUCCGGGUUUUGGACUUGUGUUUGCAUUUAGGCAGGAAGUCAGGAGCCAGCUGGGCGGGCCAGUAGUUUAAGGGCGCAGUCUCCCUUGCCCAGCAGGGGGCCUGGAGUGCGGUGGGCGAUAGCGCCCCCUGGCUCUACAUGCGGGAGCUGACACCAAGCACAGAGAGAGAAGUUUGGGAGUUGGUAACCCCUGGCUGGAAAUCCCCUCCUUGGACAGGCAAAGCCCACCCGGGUAGACCCUAGGCACACCCUCCUGGAUUGUCCAGCCUCCCUGCAGAUGUCCCCAGGUCAUCCCUACGUGGGUCACCUCCGAGGCAAAUGUGAGCGGGGCAAUAAUACCAGGGGAAAUCAGCCUGGCGAGACACACCAAGUCCCAAAGCAGCAGCAGGUCCAGAUGUCGGGUGUCCUAACCUCUAUGCCAUCUU